CGCAGUUGUUUGUAUCAGCUGCAUGUGAUGCUAAAAUUUUUGAAUAUUUUUAUUCUUAUAAUAAAGAUGUUAUCUUAUAGUCGAUUAUUUAAGAUUCGUAGCCGAUUUAAGCAAUUAUCACAAUCAUUCAUCGAUCCUUCGAUCUAUCUUUUGAGAUUUUGUUCAACAAAUGAAAAACUUGUACAAAAAAUUCAACAAAGCAAAAAAGAUAAAAUCGAUGUUUCAAGGUUUACUCCAGAUCGUAUACGAAAUUUUUGUAUUAUAGCACAUAUUGAUCAUGGUAAAAGUACGUUAUCGGAUCGAUUGCUCGAAUUAACUGGUACGGUUGCUAAAGGUUCGAUCGAAAAUCAAUUUUUGGAUAAUCUUCAGGUUGAACGUGAACGUGGCAUCACGGUCAAAGCACAAACAUGUUCACUAUUUUGGCAUCAUAACGGUGAAGACUAUCUGCUGAAUUUGAUUGAUACACCUGGUCAUGUUGAUUUUUCAUUCGAAGUUUGGCGGUCGAUUUCUGCAUGUGAAGGUGCUUUGCUAUUAGUUGAUGCAAAUUCCGGUGUACAGGCUCAAACGAUUGCACAUUUCAAUCAUGCUUUACUCGCCGAUCUCAACAUAGUUCCAGUGUUGAAUAAAAUAGAUCUUAAAAAUGCUGAUAUUGAAUCGGUAUCGGAUCAAUUGAAAAAAUUAUUUGAAUUCAAUCGUGAUGAAAUUCUUAAAGUAUCUGCCAAAACAGGUGAUGGAGUCCAACAGGUAUUGGAUGCUAUCAUCGAAAGGUUACCACCACCAAAAAGUACGGGCAAUGAACAAUUAAAAGCCGUCGUCUUUGAUUUAUGGUAUGAAAAAUUCAAAGGAAUCAUUCUGUUGAUAAGAAUCUUUGAUGGACAAAUCAAAGUUGGUGAUCAAAUUGUAUUCAACACAAAACCGAGCAAAGUUCAUACUGUGAAAGAAUUGAAUAUUUUACAUCCACAUCAAAUACCGGUUGCAGGUGAUCCUGGAACUUUACAUACAGGUCAGGUUGGUGUUUUAGUAGCCAACAUACAUGACAAUGAUGAUAUAUCGAUUGGUGAUCUAUUGGUUCAUAAUGAUGAUGAUGGUUUAAAAAUAUUAAAUGAUCAUAAAGAAUCAAAAACAAAAUCAUUGAAAUCAACUCCAAUGGUUUAUGCUAGCAUUUAUCCAUGUGAAAAAUCAAAUUUUUUAGAUUUGAAUAAAAGUCUACAAAAAUUAUUGCUAAAUGAUAGCAGUGUAGAGAUGAGUAAAGAAUCACAUCCAGUUUUGGGCAACGGAUUCAAACUUGGAUUUUUAGGCCUGUUACAUAUGGAAGUUUUCUGUCAACGAUUAGAUGAUGAAUUCGAUGCACCAGUAGUGGUAACAGCUCCAAGUGUUCCGUAUAAGAUUAAGAUUCGUGGAGAGAAAAAUAUUAAAUUCUAUAAAACGGAUGAAUUGAUAGUAACAAAUGCUUCACAAUUACCUAAUCCACAAAUUAUCGAAAAAUAUUAUGAACCAUGGAUCAAAGGAACAAUUAUAACACCGGAUAAUUUUCUAAAUCCAAUAACAGGAUUAUGUAUGGAACGACGUGGUGAACAGAUCAAUUCACAAUAUAUUGAUAAUAAUCGUUUAUUAUUGGAAUAUCGAUUUCCAUUAGGUGAAAUUAUUAUCGAUUUUAAUGAUCAUCUUAAAUCGAUUAGUUCGGGUUAUGCAUCGUUUGAUUAUGAAGAUGAUGGAUAUCAAGAAGCUGAUCUAGUUAAAUUGGAUUUUCGUUUGAAUGAUAAACCAGUUGAUGAAUUAUCAAUGCUUGUACAUGCAAAACGUGCCCGUCCUUAUGGCCGUUCAAUUUGUGAUAAACUACAGGAACAUUUAAAUCGUCAACAAUUUAAAAUUAAAAUUCAAGCUCUUGUCAAUUCAAAAGUAUUGGCCCGAACCAAUAUACAAGCAUAUCGUAAAGAUGUUACAGCCAAACUAUAUGGUGGUGAUCAAACACGACGAACAAAACUAUUGGAAAGACAAAAAGAAGGUAAACGACGAAUGCGUAUGGUGGGCAAUGUUGAAAUUGAUCCGGAAACAUUUAUUAAUGUUCUUAAAAGAUAAUCUUUUUAAAUAAAAUUUUUUUUUAGAAUUUUGAUACAAAAUGUUAGAAUAAAAAAAAUGUUAUCCCCCAUCA